AUGAUUCAUUUGCAGGCACACCACAUGAUUGCCCCAGUAAGUCAUAUCGAUAGUUUCUUGGAGAAAUGUGAUACUAUGAAAAUGAAUGGUGUUACAGAUGAUGCUAUCAGACUUCGCCUUUUCCCUUUCUCACUACGGGAUAAGGCGAAAGAAUGGUUGAGAGAUGAAGGCACUGGUUCAUUUGAUACAUGGGAAAAGCUGGUGAAAGCUUUCCUAGUCAAGUUCUUGGGACAGGAAAAGACUUCAAGGUUAAGGAACGAACUAUCUACCUUCAGGCAGUCAGAUGAUGAGUCCCUUUAUGAGGUAUGGAGGAGGUUUAAGCGAUUGCAGAGGCAAUGCCCUCACCAUGGUAUUCCCGAAUGGAUGUUGGUUCAAACCUUCUAUAAUGGCCUAACCCAUGAGUUCCGAAUCUACAUUGAUGCUACAUCAGGGGGUUCUCUCUUGACAAAGAACCCAACUGAGGCAAAGGAGCUAAUUGAGAAGAUGGCGGCCAAUGAUAACUAUCAUCUAGGAGGCCGACAUAAUGUGAAAAAGGGAGGUAAAUUAGAUGUUGAUGCUCUAACUCUUUUGACUAGCUCUGUGCAGGAAUUGACAAGCAAGUUUGAUAAACUCCAAGCUGGAACAUCUACUAGUUCACCAGAGAUUUGUCAAAUGUGUAACGUGCAAGGUCACAUUGCACCUAAUUUCCCACAAAAUUCCAGUGAGAUGUCAAUUAAGGAAGCCAAUGCAUUCUACACCUCCAAUCCCAAAAGGCCAUAUGAUCCCCAUUCUAACACAUACAAUGAAGGUUGGAAGCACCACCCAAAUUUCUCCUACAAAAAUACCCAAGCCCAACAAAAUCCACCUCCACCACCACCUCGAAACAACAACUACAAUACACCAUCUGGUUUCCAACCAAGGCCACCUCCAGUCCAACAACCUAUGUAA